AAAGGCUCGGAUUUCUUCGAGGCAUUCUUUCGUUUCUAUGCUUUCUGCCCAAUAAACAAAGGGUGGGAAAAUGGGCAUAAUAUUAGGAAUCAUCCUUUCCCCUCCAUGGGAAACACCCAUCAUUGCCCCCAACCAUCCCUUUCAAUCCUUACAAACUCCCUCUCUCUCUCUCUCUCUCUCUCUCUCUGUUUCUCUGCUGUACUUUGUGUGUGUGUGUGUGUGUGAAAUGGGUGUUUGAGCUUUCCAAAGAUAUUCACUUCCUCCCUUCUAAAGUCUCAAGCUUUUUCCUCCUCCUCUUCUUCUUCUCUCUCUCUCUCUCUCUCUCUCUCUCUUAAAGUCUCAAACCAAAGCAAAUUUAAAUACCCAUCCUCCUCUUCAUCUUUUCACUCCCUCUCUCUCUCGACCCUCUUUUCGCUUUCAAUUCAACACCCCAAAGUCGUAGCCUUUACCUCUUUCCCUGUCGAAUGGAUCCUUCCUCCACGAGCUCCGUCAACGGCUUCUACACGUUCCUCACCCGGGGGAUCGACGACCUCGAGCGCAGCUACCUCGCCUCCUCGAACGGCGGCGGCGGCGGCGGCGGCGGCGGCGGCGGCGGUGGGGGCCGUGUCGAUCCAGUUCCUGCAGAGGGCCCUGGCCCUGCUCCGCUCGUUCCACUCCGGCCUCACCCUCCUCGUGCAGAAGCUCCACCUCCCCGUCGGCGACAAGUGGCUCGACGAGUACAUGGACGAGAGCUCCAAGCUCUGGGACGCCUGCCACCUCCUCAAGUCCGGCGUCUCCGCCCUCGAGUCCUUCUACUCCUCCGCCCUCGACAUCGUCGCCUCCCUCGACCUCCACCGCCACCUCUCCCCCCAGCUCUCCCGCCAGCUGGCGCGGGCGAUCGCGGCGUGCGGGCGGGAGGCGGCGGGGCUGGAGGAGGAGAACAGGGCGCUGGUGGAGGCCCGGAUGGGGCAGCUGUCCCGGCUGCGGUUCGACGACUGCGCCGCUGCCGCCGCCGUGGAGCCCCGGCUCAACGGGUUCAACGGGUUCCGCGGCGUCCUCUACGCGAUGCGCAACGUGAGCUCCCUCCUCCUGACCGUCCUCCUCUCGGGCCUAGUCUACCACUGCCCGGAGCAGAGCUUCUUCUCCGCCCGGCCUUACGGCGGCGGCGGGGGGGAGUACGAGCGGCCGUGCACACUGUUCGGGUCGGGGAUAAUGAUAUCGGCGGCGCGGCUGGAGCAGAGGAUAGGGGAGGAGAUGAACCGGAGGGGGAGCGGGAGGAGGGCGAUGAUAAUGGUGGAGGAGUACAGGAGGGCGAGGGCGGGGAUGGAGGAGAUCAGGGGGUGCCUGGAAGGCGGCGGGGCGGCGGCGGCGGCGGCGGCGGAGGGCGGAGGCGGCGGAGGGGCGGGGAUGAGGGAGAGGGUGGAGGAGGUGCGGGGUGCUUGGGGGCGUUGAGGGACGGAGUGGAAGGGGUGGUCGGCCAGCUGGACGAUUUCUUUGAUGAGAUCGUGGAAGGGAGGAAGAAGCUCUUGGAUUUCUGCAGCCACAGAUGAUGAAAUUUUUCCGCCGGAAAUGGGUUUUUUCUUUUUAAUUUUCUGGGGGGAAUGUCGGUUUUAUUACUGUUAUUAGCGGUUAUUGUUAUUAGAUAUUUAGAGGAGGAGGAGGAGGAGGAGGAGGAAAAAGGAGGGUAUGAACAUUUUUGAAUCUGGUGGUGAAAAUGGGGCGCAAAAAAAAAAAAUUACAGAAGUAGAGCCUGCUAGUGGAGGGUGGAUGUACCUAUUUUUAUUUUCUUUUUUAACCUUUGUAAGUUGCAAUACUUUCCACUCUCGUUCUCUCUUUCUUUUCUUAUUUUCUUGUUUUAAUCAAUUUCCUUUUUCUUUUUUCUUUUUGAAUUUCAGUUCGUUAUUGUCCCGGGUUCAUCUUCUUUUUUAAGUUGGCUACUCCAUUUCUCUGUAUAUAUAAUAUCAUAUUUUCUGGUU